UGUUUCCUGGAGGAGCUCUUAUCGGAUGCACUGCUGGAUUUAUGAACGUCCCAAAAAUAAAAGGGACCCAUACAUCAAUGAAAUCUGGAAUGCUUGCUGCGGAAGCUGUGUAUAACGCAGUUACAUCUAGCACAUUCACUGAGCCCGUAACCCUUACGGCUUACGAGAAGCUCAUUGAAGAUUCAUGGGUAUAUGAUGAAUUAUACAAAGUUAGGAACAUUCGACCGUCAUUCAAUAAUCCAUUCGGAUUGUGGGGAUGUCUUAUCUAUUCUGGCUUAGAUAUGAUGUUUUUAAAGGGCCGUGUCCCUUGGACAUUUAAACAUCAUUCAGAUUACGCUAGUCUGAAACCUGCAAAAGAGUGUAAACCGAUAGAAUAUCCUAAACCAGAUGGUGUGAUAACAUUUGACCUUCUUGAAAGUGUUUCUCGAAGUGGAACAAACCAUGGUGAGAAUCAGCCUGUACAUUUGAGAGUGAGAGAUAAGACUACACCAGUUGAAAGGAACUUGAAAAUAUUUGGUGGUCCAGAAGGAAGAUUUUGUCCAG